AUGGCUCAGUCUGAACACACCUCACUAUGGUGGCCCGAAGAGCGCAUCAAAUCCACGCUCGAUGCAAAGUACAUCGUCAGUCGGCUCCGACCGGAGAACAUCCCGCGCCUGUUUGAAUUGCCAGACUGGGGCGAAGGCUUGACCAGCGAGACGUACAUGGAAUGGAUCCUCACAAAAGCCGGCCGUGUUUUUUUGAUCCUCAAUGCUAUUGGCAUUCCCGAUCGGAUCUUCGCGCUAGUCGACGAAUCCUGUGACGAUGACGAUCUACCGAUCGCCGAGCAUAGCGUCGAUCUCCUACACUUGUCCCCCAAUGGAGAAGACGUCGCCCUCGAGACGAGUUUCUUUCAUGCGCAAUGGCGCUUCCUGGUGCGUGGAAUAACGGAGGGGGAUCAUGUCGUCUAUACCGAAAAUGAGGGCGUCCCAGUUGAGGCGGUCCACACCAAUACUAGCAGUGGAAUACACGGGCAUGAUGACACGGUCGACAGGGUCGUCCUCGCCGGCUCGGUCUGUCGAGUCUACUUGCGGACCCAAGUGCAAGUGGGCGGCGCACCACAUUUCUUCUCGUCUCACGAGGUUCUCGCCGAGAUUCGCAAUCUAAAAAGCCUGUCACACGAACACCUUAUCUCCGUCUUUGCCUCGUAUUUGAAAGACGACAGCGUCUCCGUGCUCUUUACCGGUGGCACAGCAGAUCGGAAUUUACACAGCUUCCUGACAGAUGAGCCGAUAUCCUUUAAACGGCUGGACAAAGAGCAACGUCGCCAGACCUUGAUCACCUGGCCCCACUGUCUUGCAUCCGCAGUCUGCUGGCUGCAUGCAUGCGGCCACUCCCACGGCGCAAUCCGCCCAUCCAACAUCUUCAUCGACGCAAAUUUUCACAUCUGCCUCGGCCAAUUUCAAGCACUCGACUCACUCCUGACCCCACCACGUGUCAACGACCUCGAGGCAUACAAUUACUCUGCCCCCGAGCGCUGGACUCGUCCCGCAGCUCCAAUGCAACAAAGGUCCGCCCAGCCAGCCCAGACCCUGCUCCAAUCGGGAGGACGUACAAAGCGCAGACAACGGCCUGUUCGUCCAGCCCUAGCCCCGUUGAACGAAAACCGACCUGUAUCUGCAGACCACACAAGACCAAGCUCAGCCGCCUCGAAAGGGACAGUGACCCGCGUCGGCCGAACAGAGUCACCAUCACGUUUCUCCCUCGCCUUCUCAUCCUCCUCUUCCUCCUCCGGGGCCUCCUCAGCAGCCUCAUCCACCCACACAGACGCAACAGCAAUGUCCCCACAACCAAUGAAACAACGCAUCUCAUCCUUCUGGUCCCGAAGAACAAAGAAUACUCCCUCAGCGCCAUCAAUCCUUUCAAUCUCUACUUCCUCCUCAAACCAAUCAACUUUGGCAUCUCCAAACUUCCAUUCCCCCGAUUCCUCCACCCUCUUCUCAACCCCACCUUUGUCCCUCCGCCACUCCAAAUCCGCCCACUCCCUCGCAUCAUCAUCAUCCACAAGGCCUACCCACUCCACCGAAUCACCGACUGAUCCCCACAACCCGGCAGAUAUCUUCUGUCUCGCAGCAACAACCCUGGACAUCCUAACCGUCCUACACAAACGAACCCUCACAUCCUUCAGCACGCACCGCAGCGCCCGAAACCGAUCCGCAGGUCGCGGCGGCGGGAUAGCAGAUGCAUCCUUCCAUCUUGCCAAAAAUGCCGUGCAGGUUCAGUCUUGGAUUGCGUUGUUGGAAGGCGAUGCAUUGAAGCGUUGUCGACGAGACCGACGCUCCGAUCGUGCAUUCUGGGCUGUGCCAAAGAUGUUGAUCGUGAUUCGGUCCAUGCUUGAUUUUGAGAGUGUGAAGAGACCGCUUGCGAAACGCGUUCGGAGAGGGUUUGCCGAUGCGAUCACUCGAGAACGGGGUCGGGGGAAUACGGAUGGGAUGGGGACUUUGCAUUGUGUUAAGGGAAAACGGGAGAAUGAGGAGGGAGGGGAGGAGGGGGGACAGAAGGGGUAUGGGGGAUUAGAGGUCAUUCGGGAGAUAGGGGCUGGGAGGAGCGCUGUUUCGGUUUCUUCUACUCCGUUGGAAGUUUCCAAGUGGUCAGUUUGCGAGUCGGUUUCGGAAUUCGAUUUUGGGUUUGGGGAUGCUGGGAGUGAGAGUGAGAGUAAUGUUGAGGGUGAGGAAGAAGAUCUGUCGGAGUUCGAAGAACCGGAGAUACGAGUGGAACAGGUCUCGCCUCAACUGUAUCUGCCAGAGUUGGAUAUGAGCAUCACUGGAAUUGAAGAGCUGACGUUUAAGACUUAG